CAGUUUUCCAAAGAAAAUAGACCAAAUCUUUCUUCUUGAGAAGAAACGAAUCUGCUGUUGACAGAGGGUAUUUCUAACCUCUCUGUGAAAGAAAGAAAGACAACACCAGAGCCUAGGUGGCCCAGCUGCUGAAGGAAGUUUCCAUGGUGAAGUCUCAGGGAGGCUUCCUGGGAGCAGAGCAUAGUGAAUGCUAAUCCGGAGCUGCUACUGUCAGCCUAGAGAACCCACGGGGAGAUGAUUCCUCAUGAAGGGCCUGGAUCCCCUACAGAAAUCCAAUGUGACUCUCUGUUUAUCAGACUAAAACCAGAGCCAGCCAGCCAGUGAGACAGCCACCGUGGAGGGGGGACGGCGAAAAAUGAAAUCCAAUCAAGAGCGGAGCAAUGAAUGCCUGCCUCCCAAGAAACGUGAGAUCCCCGCCACCAGCCGGCCCUCUGAGGAGAAGGCCACUGCUCUGCCCAGCGACAACCACUGCGUGGAGGGCGUGGCAUGGCUCCCCAGCACCCCCAGCCGCGGCCAUGGGGGUGGGCGGCAUGGGCCAGCAGGGACUUCUGGGGAGUAUGGUUUACAAGGAAUGGGUUUACAUAAAGCACUGUCCACAGGGCUGGAUUACUCCCCACCCAGUGCCCCCAGGUCAGUCCCCACAGCCAACACGCUGCCCACCGUGUACCCUCCUCCUCAGUCAGGGACCCCGGUGUCUCCUGUGCAGUACGCCCACCUUUCUCAUACUUUCCAGUUCAUUGGGUCCUCCCAAUACAGUGGGCCUUACACGGGCUUUAUCCCUUCCCAGCUGAUCUCCCCAUCAGGCAACCCGGUCACCAGUGCAGUGGCCUCAGCUGCAGGGGCCACCACUCCAUCACAGCGCUCCCAACUAGAGGCAUAUUCCACCCUGCUGGCCAACAUGGGCAGUCUGAGCCAGGCACCAGGACACAAGGUUGAGCCCCCUCCGCAGCAGCACCUCAGCCGUGCUGCAGGAUUAGUCAACCCGGGGUCCCCUCCACCCACCCAGCAGAACCAGUACAUUCAUAUUUCCAGCUCGCCACAGAGCUCCGGGCGGGCAGCAUCUCCUCCACCCAUCCCGGUCCACCUCCAUCCCCAUCAGACGAUGAUCCCGCACACACUCACCCUGGGGCCUUCAUCCCAGGUGGUUGUGCAAUACAGUGACGCUGGAGGCCACUUUGUUCCUCGAGAGUCCACCAAAAAAGCAGAGGGCAGCAGGUUGCAGCAGGCUAUGCAAGCCAAGGAGGUCCUAAAUGGGGAGAUGGAGAAGAGUCGGAGGUAUGGGGCGUCAUCUUCUGUGGAGCUGAGCCUGGGAAAGGCAAGCAGCAAGUCAGUGCCUCAUCCCUAUGAGUCCAGGCAUGUGGUGGUCCACCCAAGCCCAGCAGAUUACAGCAAUCGCGAUACCUCCGGGGUCCGUGGAUCUGUGAUGGUCCUGCCCAACAGCAGCGCAUCCUCAGCCGACCUGGAGACACAGCAGGCCACACAUCGAGAGGCCUCCCCAUCCACCCUCAAUGACAAGAGCGGACUGCACCUAGGGAAGCCCGGCCACAGGUCCUAUGCGCUGUCCCCCCACACGGUCAUUCAGACCACACACAGUGCAUCGGAGCCUCUCCCGGUGGGCCUACCAGCCACGGCCUUCUAUGCUGGCACUCAACCUCCUGUCAUCGGCUACCUGAGCGGCCAGCAGCAAGCAAUCACCUACGCUGGCGGUCUGCCGCAGCACCUGGUGAUCCCAGGUACCCAGCCCCUGCUCAUCCCAGUGGGCAGCCCUGACAUGGACACACCUGGGGCAGCCUCGGCCAUAGUGACGUCAUCACCCCAGUUUGCUGCAGUACCUCACACGUUUGUCACCACCGCCCUACCCAAGAGCGAGAACUUCAACCCAGAAGCUCUGGUCACCCAGGCUGCCUACCCAGCCAUGGUGCAGGCCCAGAUCCACCUGCCGGUGGUACAGUCCGUGGCAUCCCCUGCCACGACGUCACCCACGCUGCCGCCAUAUUUCAUGAAAGGUUCCAUUAUCCAGCUGGCCAACGGGGAGCUGAAGAAGGUGGAGGACCUGAAGACAGAGGAUUUCAUCCAGAGUGCAGAGAUUAGCAAUGACCUCAAGAUUGACUCCAGUACUGUGGAGAGGAUCGAGGAUAGCCACAGCCCCGGUGUGGCUGUGAUACAGUUUGCUGUUGGUGAACACCGAGCCCAGGUCAGUGUUGAAGUUUUGGUAGAGUAUCCUUUUUUUGUAUUUGGACAGGGCUGGUCAUCCUGCUGUCCUGAGCGGACCAGCCAGCUCUUUGAUCUGCCGUGUUCCAAACUCUCCGUUGGGGACGUCUGCAUCUCGCUCACCCUCAAGAACCUGAAGAAUGGCUCUGUUAAAAAGGGCCAGCCUGUGGACCCUGCCAGUGUCCUGCUGAAGCACGCAAAGACCGACAGCCUGGCUGGCAGCAGACACAGAUACGCCGAGCAGGAAAACGGAAUCAACCAGGGAAGCGCCCAGGUGCUCUCUGAGAACGGCGAACUGAAGUUUCCAGAAAAAAUCGGAUUGCCUGCAGCAUCCUUCCUCACCAAAAUAGAACCGAGCAAGCCCACAGCCACGAGGAAGAGGAGGUGGUCAGCCCCGGAAACCCGGAAACUGGAGAAGUCGGAGGACGAGCCACCUUUGACUCUUCCCAAGCCUUCGCUCAUUCCUCAGGAGGUUAAGAUCUGCAUCGAAGGCCGAUCUAACGUGGGCAAGUAGAGACCGUGUGGGCAGCUGAGGCCUGGGCCUGGGCCUCCUUUGCUGUCUGUAUCCAGAUUACUGUACUGUAGGCUAAAUAACACAGUAUUUACAUGUUAUCCUCUCUAGGUUUGUAUUCUAACCUUGUCAUUAGAGUCAAACAGGUGUGUGGCAGGAGACUGGUGCGUUUGCAUUGUCUGCAAGUGUCUGCUGAGGAGCUGGCAGGGGGUGUGUUGUGGGGGGGUUAAGUGGUUAGAACUGUGGCCGUGGAGCUCCAGGCCAUCCUAGGUGGCCCUUGAAUGUGGCUUCAUCAGCACCUGCCUUCUCCAGCAGCACAGAGUCGAGGGGCAUCAGUUCCCACUGGUUUCAAGAGCAAUUUCAGUGGGAAGUAACCAGCAAGAGUGUGUCUGGGUGCAUCCCUUGUGGAGGGGUGCGUGGGUACGAUGGCAGUGAGCGAGGGUCUCUCUUUCUCUGCCUCCAUCUCCCUCACUCUCAUCAUGGAAUUGGGGGACCUGGGUUUCCUACAUGCAAAGUCAUCAGGAGCCCAGCUUCCAGGCAUUGUAGAGAGGCAGCAGGCAGCAGAUGGGAAACUAGUUUCAAAGAACGUGGUUCUCUCCAACAUAUUUUACAAUAAAAAAGCAACUUUUAAUCAUAGAUAUAUAUAGAUAUAUAUAUUUCCCCCCAUGGGGCCUGACUGCACUGAGGAUUUUUUUUGUUUUGUUUUGUUGUUUUUUUUGUUUUUUUUUUUUUUUAAGUCAGCUGCCACUUGCGGGAUUUCAUUUCUGCUUUACCAGUCCAGUGACAUCGCCAGGUGUCACGGUGGGCAGGGAAAGUCCUUGCUCAGGUCACUCCUGGACAGGCAGGUAGCGGUGGGGCUGGGGGACAGAGGGAGCACCCACACUGUUUUCUGUGCAGUGUUAGGAAAACCAAUCAGGUUAUUUGCAUUGACUUUUGCUCCCAAGAGGAAAAAUGCAAGCCUCUCCUCCCCACCAUCCCUUGAGAGCCAGGCGGCUCUCAGAGCUGAGCUGGCAGCAUCUUUUCUAUCUUUUAGGUCUAGUACUGUUCAUGACUAUGGACAACUUGGGUGCCGCUUCUUUUUUUCCUUAAUCCCAGUGUGACAUGCGGAAUUAGAUCUGGAAGAUGCUCGUCUGUUACUACCUUGUAAACAGUUAAAAAAAAAAAUGUCGUGCAGGCUUCUUAACCAAGCAUCUUGGUCUGUCAUUCAAAAAGUACUGUAUCUCACUUUCGACUCUUUGGGAAAAAAAGACAAACCUAAGUUGCUUUUGUUUUUUUUUUUGUUUUGUUUUUGUUUUUGUUUUUCUUCUCAACACUGUAACUACAUUUCAGCUCUGCAAGAUUGCUCAAAGUCAGCAAUCGAAAGCUCCAAUCUGGUUUAAAGGGAUGAAUGUGAAUUAUGAACUAGCCCGUGACAAUAUAUGACCACCAAGUACUACCUGACGGCAGGCACUUGUCACUUUGAUGUUGGAGAAAGAGUUAAAGGCAUAUGCAGAAUUGGCAGCAGAGAAACCGAGAAGAGACACCGAGGAAAAGACACUCGAUUUUUGUCCAGUGUUUUUAGGGUGAACUCCUAAAGAAUUUUGCGAUUUGCACAUCUUGAGUUUAUAAUCUGUGUGGUAUUCCUGCAGUUUUUACCUAAUAACAUUGUGGGAAAUGUUUGGGAGGGUUGAAAGAGCAUAAAUAAAUGUAGCAAAAUUACUUUCUAACCUGCCUAGACCCUAGGCCCUUUUUAGAAGGCUCUGUCCCUUUGAGAUUUCAUUUUUGUCACCUACCACAUCUGUCACCAGAAGCCAGGUCUGAGAGUCUUCUUCAGAGUCAUUGAGAGUUUUCCAUAUAGACAUUUUACAUAUGUGAGCAAGUAUUUUCAUUUCUGGAAAAAAAAAGAGUGUUAAUAUUAUUUUUUAGAAACUUAGGUUUCUAUUUGAAAUCAAACUAAAAUCUAAUGUUUGGUACAAAAACCCAGAAAGGGUAUUUUCAAAAAGUCACGAGUUUUCAUUCCCAGAGGUCAAAAUAUCAUUUGUGGGUUCUGAGUAUGUCUUAAAGUACUUUAAACCAAGUUUUAUAAAUAGGAAGAAGUUUUUUAAACAUUCUUACUUGGCUGGCUGCAACUAACCUAAAUAAGUACUUAUUUGACUUUUCUUUUUAGCCAUUUAAAAAAAAAAAAACAAGACUUCUUCCAUUUCUCAAAAUAGGAAAAAAAAAAAAAAGACCCUCCCC